GGCUGGCUAGGUAGACUAUUUAAGAAGUGCCGAGCUGUUAGAUUUUUACGCAUAAGCUUGCCAAAGCAGCUUGAGCAAAAACGUUAAGAUGGUUAAAAAUUAUUCCUCUCUUUUAGUUUUGUUGGGCCUUCUGUGUCUGACGUGGGGAUGGGAACCAGGCACUCAAUACGUGUACAAGUACGUCGGUCGCUCAGCGGCUGGUAUCAACAAACUGAAGCAACAGAACGCUGUCGUUGAAUUGGAAAGCAUUGUCACCGUUCAAAGUGUUGACGAUUACACCCUCGCCGUCCAGCUGACUUACAGCACCGUCAAGCGCAACGGUUAUUUCUUGGGAAAUGCAUUGGACAGAACCCAAGACAUUGAAGGAGAAGCGGACGAAAUCCCCGACUUGGAUGUUCUCUACGCUCCUUUCACCAUUUACCACAAACAGGGCUCGAUCUCCGGAAUCAAAACUGGAGCUGGUGAACCCUUGUGGAUCGUCAACAUCAAGAAAGCUAUCGCCAGCCAGUUGCAACUGGACGUUACGGGUGUCCGUAACGAUGGCGCUGCUUUCAAUUACAAAGCGGCCACAAAGGAUGGCGAAAAAGCCACUCUGACCGUUUUGGAGGAUUCGGUGACUGGUGACUGCAGUACUUCCAUUGAGAUUAGCCGCUUGCCCUACGCUCAGGUCUUCGCUUCCGCUGGAUUCAAACUUGAAUCCUUCGAUGAUGUUUGCGGAAGCAAGCCUGUUUAUCAAAUCCUUAAAACCAAAGACUUUAACAAUUGCAAGACUAACCCAGCUUGGCACACAACUACAUCCAACAGCUAUGAAUGCGAUCUUGACAAGGCCAACUGUGGCCAUUUCUUGAAGCGAACUGCAGUGACUAAAUUCUUGGCUUGCGGAGAAUCUUUGUCCAAGCUCACUAUUGUUUAUGCCGGUGGUUACAGCGACCUGAUGGCUCAGCCGUUCGCCACUAAAACCGACGAGUUGGUCAACGCCGUUAUCACCAAAUUGACGUUGGAGAAGAAGGAAAGCAUCGGCGCGCGCUUGGCCGCUCCAGCUUAUCCCAAAGAGCACAAGAGCCUGAACUACGUCUUUGGUGAUUUCAACCAACUCAGCCAGGAUGGAGUUGCCGUUCAGCCCAACUUGCAUGGUGCUUACGCCAAGAGCCCAGCACCUAUUGAGGCUCUGCACGGAAGCGUUUUGGACAGCCUCCAGGUUGUUGCUAGCGAUUUGAAGGAGAACUCCGAUUCCGAACAGGACAAUCUCGAUCGUCUGGCUGUCGUUGGCCGUGUUUUGCCCAUGUUCUCUCUGGAUGAGUUGAGAUAUUUGUGGGAAGAUGUCAAGAACCAAGAUGAUGUCGUUGUGACUUUGUUCAUCGACUGCGUUGUUCAAGCCGGAAGUAACCCGACUGUUAUGUUGAUCAAGGAAUUGAUUGAAACUGAACAGAUUACUGGACAAAAGGCAUCAUGGGCUAUGGCUGCUCUUGGUUACCAUGUCAAGACACCAACUCAGGAACUGCUCAAAGAGCUUAUGAAUUUGUUGAAAUCUGGCCCAGUCCAAUCGUCAAAGCAAUUGUUGCAGACUUCUCUGAUGACUGUUGCCGAUUUGUUGAAUUCCGCAUGCAGCUCUCGCCACUCAGCCGCAAAGAAAUACCCCGUCUCCGUCAUGGGAGACUUCUGCGACAGCAAAAGCAAAAUCAUCUCCUACGAAUUCUUGCCUCUGCUCGCCAAGGAACUCGAAUCUAGCAGCGAAGUCUUUGAUCGUAUGGUCGUCUUGGCGGCUAUUGGAAACCUUGGCGUUGAGGAAGUAGUUCCCGUUCUGUUGCCCGUCAUCCGUGGCAACGACAAAUUCGACGACACCGCCGAACGUCUCCGAGCCAUCCUUUCGCUCCAGCGUGUCGUUUUGACGGUCCCAGAAAAGAUUCACCCGAUGUUGGCCAGUUUGGCUGGUAACGCCGGAGAGCGCCCUGAAAUCCGUAUGGCUUCAUUGGGUCUCCUCUUGAUGUCGAACGCACCUCAACACUACUUCCAGAAAUUCGCCGCCAGCACUUGGUUCGAACCUAGCCGCCAAAUGGCUUCUUUCACCCACACUUUGAUCAACUCGUUGAGCAAGGUUCCAGCCUCUACCCCCAUGCUUUCCGAAAUCGCUAGCAAGGCCACCGUCGCCCUUUGCUUGGCUAAGCCUGGAUCGACCCAGCCAACAAUGCCGUUCUCAUUCGGUGAUAUUCAAUCAUCCCAUAUGACUGAAGGAAUCGCCGUCAUGAUGCGCACCAUCACUCACCGAGAUCCUGAUCAACCUUUCGCCGCCUAUCUUUCAAACUCUUACUACUAUCAACUCGGUCCCUUGGCCAAAGAGGUCCUUACGAUCAACUUGUGGAACUUCAACAUGUUCGACACCUGGUCCAGCAUCAUGGGCCGAAUCUACGGCAGCGUGAAUCCCAAGUACGGCGCCUUGUGGGCUGCAGGAGAGAAAUUGGGUGACAAGAAAGAAGAUGCUUUGAAGGGAAUUUGGGAUGCUCUGUACGCCGUCGCUCGCCCAGCUGACAAGACUGCUGGACUUAUGCACAUCGACAUGUUGGGAGGCUCAGUCAACCGUUUCGCCAACUUUGCCGACUUGACCGAGUCUAUUCCCAAGUUCAUGGCUGCCAACAUGAAUCGAACAAGAGAAACGAAAAUUAGCACCACCAAGUAUCGCAUGUUGGGCGAUUACAAUGCCCGCUUUGCCACCGAGCUGGGUCUGCCCAUGCGCUACUUGUUCAAUCUGGCCACUGUCUUUUCCAUUCAAGGCGAGAUCAAGAGCGACGGUAAGGGAGGCAUCGAUACCGACCUGAACGUUUUGUCCACCUGGAAAUUGGUUGGCGAAAUUCGCGUCGAUGUUCCAUUCAGCGGUAGCUACAUCGCAACCGGAGUCGACGUUCUGAUUGAUUCUCACGCUCCAAGGAAUAUGAAUUUUGCUUAUCCCAAGCAAAAAUGGAUCAUUAACAUGAUUCCUUCCGACAAGAUUAUCGAUCUUCUCUACUACCACGUUAAACCCUACACCGUAAGCCGCAGCUUCAUCAAACCAACCCUUGAGGGCCAAGAACUCUACGUCAUCAGCGUCACCGACAAACCUUUGAAACGCGAUUUCAAUUUGGGAGGACAAUUGAUGGGCGUUAACGUUAAGAUGUUUGAAGAAACCGAAUCGCUCUCUAACAAUUUCUCGUGGAGAGACUGGCUUUCCAAAUGGGACAUGAACAGCUUUUCCAAUUUGGGUAUGCUUCCGCUGGAACUCAACAACCGCAAGUACAAGAUUCGCUACGAUCCUUACGGCACCACCGCCAAGAACGUCGCCAUGUCCAUGUUUUUCCAGUACGCCGCUAAAUCCAGCACCAACAAUUUGGUCUACGAAUCGGGAUCCAGCCAGGCGAGAUAUCCUACCGAGCCCGAGGUGAUUUCUUACAGUCCCAUCCGCGAUCAUUUCCGCCCACUCGUCGUCAAUCUUUUCUCCGAUAUCGAAAACGGCAAUGCUCGUUUGAUGGAGACUACUGUCACUGCUGAAGGUAAAGAUGGCACUAUCGAUCAUUUCUCCUCCACUGUUGGCAUGGCCAUGAACACGCGUUACACCAAGGAUUGCCUCGAUUGGCAAGCGGAGCACAGCACGACCGGUCCCAACGGCUACAAAAAAGUCAACUCGAAAAUCUGCUACAAGGCCGUCCGUAAGUGGAACAAUCCCCCUAUUUAUGGAUUCAGCAAAGACGUGCUGGAAAUGACUGAAGAGGACGACAUUGGAUUCGGACCCGAAUGCGAACGCAAAGUCCAUUUCACAGCCAAACUCAGCCGUGAUGAAUCUGCUGCCCAGGCCGCCAUCAACAGCGCUUCCGGUAAACAAUGUCUUAAGGAUAUGGCUUCCGGAUUGGAAGGCAGUCCCGCUUGCACUGAAGCUCGUAUCUUGGAUCAUACUUACAACAAUUACGAAAUGAAAUCCGUGACUGAUAACAUGGUCGAUUGGUGGUUGCAAUGGGCUCGCGGAUUCUCCUUCGACAUGAACCGUCUGAUUGAACCUUUCAUCGUUGAGCACAAACACGCCCAGACCAACACUCCCGGACAGGCCAGCUGGAGCAUCAAACGCGACCCGCUCACCGGAGAAAGCGACAUGACUUUCGUCCGUCCUCAUGAGGUUGUCGUGGCCAAGAACGUCAGAGAGGAUGUCAUGGCGAGCUGGAAACGCUUCUCACCGAUGACUUUCCUCGCCCUCAAGUCUUACUAUCCCUUGUCGGCCGGAACCAACUUUAUCGCACAAUCGCUCAAUUGGUUCUCGGGAGGUGUUUCCGAGGCCAAGUGCUACGUUGGAUCCAGUUCCGUCGACACUUUCGAUGGCGCUUCUUACAAGUACGCUGUUGACGGCAAUGACCACGUCCUGUUGACCGACUGCAGCAGGAGAUCGCAGAUUGCCAUUCUCGCCCGUAAGGGUAACUAUGGCCAGAAAAUCAUCACCGUUCACUUGGGCAAGGAUACCAUUGAAAUGGAUCCCACCGCCUACGUUUCCGUCAACGGAGCCAAGACUGAUUUCACUAAAAUGGAAAAGGGAAGUUUCAUCGAGGUCCGCACCCCUGGUUCCAAGUCCAUCAAAAUGGUUGUCUUCCCCAUGCCCGAAGGAGGUUUGAUUUUCGACAUCCGAAGCAUCCAAUUCUGGAUGAAGAUCAAGGGAGAUUACGUUGAGCUUUCAGCCCCCAUUCACAUGCGCGGCCGUGCAUGCGGUUUGUGCGGUGAUUUCAAUCAGGAGCUUACCGGUGAAUUCAAGACUGCCGAUCGUUGCGUCUUAACUUCCGGCGAACUUAUGGCUGCCAGCUUCAAGCUAUCUGGCGAUAACUACUCCAAUAACUACGCGGCCAAGUCUUGCCUGUCUGCUGAUCAGCAGUUCAACACUUACCUUCCUGAUUACGACUUGAAGGCCACUGGAUAUUCCGCUAAAGGAAAAUGCCAAGACUAUGAUCGUCCAGAAAACGGACGCAAAAACUAUUACCAUUUGUAAUUGUAAAUAACUUUUUCUUUACGUUCCUCUAUAACAUUGGAGAUACAGAUACAGUAGUGGCAAUUGGUUUAUGUUUACAACACCGCAAUUUCUGAUACUACAAUAAACUAGAUUGGCUUCAUA